AUGAAUCUCCUCUACUCUCCAAUAUCUUCUUGUUUCUCUGAAACAUUGGUUGACAGAUGUAUGUCUAACAACACAACACUACCGUCAAAAUCAGCGACGGACAUCUGUCUGACAGACAGACAGAUGUCACUUUCAGUCAAUUCUACAGAAGGAGUCCUCAUAGGGACGAUAAUUCCGAUACUUGUACUUUUUGGAAUCUCUGGAAAUAUUCUGAAUCUCACAGUACUGUUAGCACCGAAUUUAAGGACCCGAUCAAAUCAACUUCUCGCUUGUCUCGCAGUCGCCGACAUUGUCAGUUUAAUAGUAAUUCUUCCCCAUUCAAUGGCACAUUAUGAAAUGUUUGAAACGGCGUUAUGGUUUCGGAAGUUCUAUGGAAAAUACAAAUUUCAAAUUAUCGGAAUGACGAAUUGGUCAAUAGCGACUGCUACGUGGUUGGUAUUUGUGAUAUGUCUGGAACGGUUAAUCAUCAUCAAGUAUCCGCUGUCAGUGAGGAAACAGGCAAAAUUCUUCACACCUCGAAACGUGGUCACAAUAAUCGUGGUGACCACAUUCAUCCUCACAUCAUACAACCACGUCAGUCAUGCGUGUGCUGAGAAACUCUUCUGCAAUGGAACACAAUACCACGUGGCGUGUAUUGAAAUCAACUCGGAACGAUGGUUUCGAAACGAACCGAACCCGAAUUCCGAGUUGAUGAAGUCGCUGGUGAGGUAUGCACCACAAGUCAAUGCAAUAUUUGUGGUGUUGAUACCAGUUGUUCUUGUGAUUAUAUUCAAUGUGAUGCUGAUUUUGACGCUGAGGCAGAGACAAAAACUAUUUGAACCGUCGAAAACGAUAAGAGGGGAUUCACAAUAUGGAUCACAAGCUAAAACGGAGCACAAAGUUACGAUAACAGUCACAGCAAUAGUCACAUGUUUCACGAUAACUCAGAGUCCAUCAGCAUUUCUGAUCUUUCUCAGUUUCUACAUUCACGCAGAUUUCGUCAUAUUGAGCGCAAUCUGCACAAUUCUAGUUGUACUUGGAAAAGCACUCAACUUUGUUCUCUUCUGUCUCUCAUCUGCAUCAUUCCGUCAACGUCUUCUCAUGCAGACAAAACAAGGAAUUCUCAGGAAAUCGACGAGAACCGUCUCAAUGGUGACGUCAUCAACAGUUGUGGUGGAUAGUCUUCCUGAUUCAAGGAAGAGAAGUCGUGUUGCAAUGGAGAUGAUCGAGAGAAGAACCUCUGCGUCUUCAUGUCUUGUCGGUGGAAAUCGUGCUGAUAGAACUCAUCGAGCCAACAGUAGUCAAUCAAUGAUCGGAGAAAGAAUGCCUUUAAAAGAGUUCCGAAGAGGAACUAGCUUCGUGUGA